GAGGGAAGUGGUCAAUUAAUCGACCUGUACCUUUAAAAAAAUGUUUAAAAAUAAAAUAAAUUGAUUAUAUUGAGAUUGGAAAAUUCCACAUGGGAAAAAGAAAUCAAUCCAGUCCAAUAAAGACUAAUUUGAUGUGAUAAAACAACAGUUAAUUAAACUAAAAUGUGAAUGAAUUUACCAGUAAUUCUUGUUUACUUGUUUGUUUGUAGGAAUCUGGAAAACUUCACCUGCACUGUUUAGUAUUUAUCAAUGAGUCACACUGGUUACAUUUUUGGCUUAAGAUCUCCUGGAUCGAUUUUAAAAAUGAUCAAAAGAAAUCAACCACAAAUCACGAAAUGAUUCAAAUCGUCGUUGAAAUGAAUGGUUCCACCCCUAAUCUGUAAUUUAUGACUAAAAUCAAACUCCAUCAUCUAUUCAUCAUCCACUAUCGUUCCAUUAUCUGUGUUUUCGGCUCCGCUCUCUCGGCCUUCCCUCCUACUCUCGCUGGCAUUAAGUUCAAACUUGACACUGAUGUUGACUCACUUUGUCACCCCUCGGUGGCUCCCUCUUCCUUUCUCUCUUUCUCUUUCUCUUUCUCCCUCCCCAUCGCUCGGAGGACACGAGCGCCCGCAGACGCAUUUCUCUCCAGAGCCGCCCCGACCCCCCCACCCCCCUCUUUCACUCUAUCUCACCCUGUCCAACUCUCUUCAUCUCUCUCCUACUCUCUCCUUUACACACACACAGUAUUGUCAACAAAGCUCCAGAACAAGGGGACGUUGGGGGAAUUAAGGUCCACAGAGGAGGAGAGUAACAAGCGGGACCCCUGCAUCCAUCCUUCCACCUGGACUCUCGAUCCAAGGAGGCAGACGGGAGCGGAGGUGACAGUAAACAGGGGGCAAGAACACACGAGUCGGGACUUCUUUAUUUCUCUUCAUGGUGGUCGGGACGCUCGUAGUAUGUAUGAGAAGUUAACCAUGCUGAACCUGCAGAGCGGCUCGAACUGGAGUGGGCCUAACAACUGGUACCAUGACCCCACCGGCGUCCAGACGCAACACAGCUCAGUGUCUCAAGGCUGCCUGCUGGACUCAGAGGGCAGCAUGGGAGGUGAAACGGGCGGAGGAGGAGGAGGAGGAUCAGGCCGAGGAGGAGGAGGAGGAGGAGGAGUCCCUGUGGAGAGAGACGAAGGCGAGGAGUCUCAGCUGAGGCUGCAGCUCAAGAGGAAGCUGCAGAGGAACAGGACCAGCUUCACACAGGAGCAGAUUGAAGCUCUGGAGAAAGAGUUCGAACGGACACAUUACCCAGAUGUCUUUGCGAGGGAGAGAUUAGCAAACAAGAUAGAUUUACCUGAGGCCAGGAUACAGGUUUGGUUUUCCAACCGGAGAGCCAAGUGGAGGCGGGAGGAGAAGCUGCGCAAUCAGAGGAGAUCAGGUGGUGUGACUUCCUGUUCUCAGAGCCAAGCUCCUCUGAGCACCUCCUUCAGCACUUCAGUCUAUCAUCAGCAGCACGGCAGCAGUUCAGGGUCCAUGUUGAGUCAGGCUGAGUCGCCCCUGCCUAGCUACAGCUCGCUGUCUGUGUUCUCAUCCGGAGUCCAGUCAAUUCCUCCUCAGUCGGCCUCCUCUUACUCCUGCAUGUUGCCUCCGUCUCCCUCUGCACCUCGCAGCUUUGACUCCUCGCCGUACUCCUCUCCUCAUCUGCAGACUCCACCCUCAGCCAACCCCAACACAGGACUCAUAUCUCCUGGCGUGUCAGUGCCAGUUCAGGUUCCAGGAACCGAGCCACAGAGCAUGAGUCAGAACCUGGGUCAAUACUGGGCCAGAUUACAGUGAGCACUAGACAAAGACAAGAAGAAGGUGGAAUAGGAGGGUGUGUACAAAUCUGUGUCAUUAAAACAAACAAACAAACAAAAAAAAAUGGACACAAGGGUUCAAGACUGAGCUGUAAAGGAAGGAUUGCUGACCAGGAAAUGAAAUUAAUGUUUACAAAUUCAACCGAAAGCAGCUUUGGUUGCACUUACCACUUCUCUGGUCAUGCUGGUUCUCUUUCUGAUCCGUGUGCAAAGAAAGAGAUCAAAACAUGCCUGGGAUCAAGCUGCGAGGAUGCACAAAUACAGAUUUUUUAGGCUUUAAUAAUUAAAAUGUUUUUCAUUUUAUUUUUUCUUUAUGUUUCAUCGAAAGCGAUUGGAGACAUUUUUGAAUUCUAAGCAUAAUCUGUAAUCUGAGAUUACAUUAGUAACUAUCCAGCAGGUGGCAGAAGUGUUGUGAAGUGUAACCACAGUUAGUGUAGCGUUGUAAAAGCUCGCUUUGUUCCCUAAACAGAAGAGGAUACUGUGAAGAUUUUAGACUUGCUUAUGGCAAUCGCUUGUACUAAAACAAAACAACAAUAAAAAAACACAUAAAUAGUGGAAAUCCUGCCAAAAAAAUACACAGAGACCGGAUAUUUUUGUACAGACAUCUGUGUAUGAAGAUUAUUGAUGGAAGCUAUAAGAGGGAAGAAUGUAGCAAUGCUGUUGGCUCCAACCUUCAAAGCACAGGUCAAUCAUGAAACAAUAACCUCUUUAGAUUUGAGAUCAUUUUUGAGCUUCCAGUUUAGCAGAAUUAACUAUAUAAUCCAAAAUGUGAUCUACCUUAACCCUUUAACUACCCAAAAGUGAAAAAAAACACAAAAAAUGCAUUUUUUUUUUGCCUUUGUACG